AUGAAGUUCAUCUACGCCGCUCUGACCGCCAUGGCGGCUCUGGCUUCCGCCCAGACUCUCAACAUUCCCACCCGCUCCGGAAGCAUCAUCUCUCUCUCCGCUCCCAGCGUCAUCUCCGGAUCCAAGGACUUUGGCAACCAGGAGUACGACCGCGGCAGGUCGUGCGACACCGAUGCCGACACUGGCAGCGACAGCGCCGUCUUCGUCCUGAAGAACGGCGCCAGCAUUUCCAACGUCAUCAUCGGCAAGAACCAGCUCGAGGGCAUCCACUGCGAGGGCGCUUGCACCCUGACCAACGUUUGGUUCCGUGACGUCUGCGAAGACGCCAUCUCCGUCCUCGGCAACGGCAACGUCUUGAUCCAGGGCGGUGGCGCGCAGGAGGCCCAGGACAAGGUCAUCCAGCACAACGGCCGCGGCACCGUCACCGUCAAGAACUUCACCGUCGUCAACGUUGGCAAGCUGUACCGCAGCUGCGGCGACUGCACCGGCAACGGCGGCCCCCGCAACGUCGUCCUCGACGGCGUACGCACUAACGGUGUCACUUCUGAUCUGGUUGGCAUCAACUCCAACUACGGCGACACCGCUACCAUCUCCAACUCGUGCGGAAAGUCCAAGAAGGUCUGCCAGGAAUACAAGGGCGUCACCAAGGGCAGCGGCAGCAGCUCCAAGGUUUCCACCACCGCAAACUGCAAGGGUGCUCAGGGCAAGCUCUCUGCUCUCCCCUCUUGCUAG